CAGUAACUGAGGUGUAUUGUUUCGUUAUUCUCGUAUCUCACCACGUACAAAAUGUCUACCAAAAUCCAAACUCAGACUGUCACUUCGACGCCAAGCUUGAAUAAGAGUGUCUUGAUCACUGCAAAAGAAGUAGUCUCGAAGCAUAAAUCUGGUCCCCUGUUCCCUAACGGCGGAUGGGAUGUACAUCAUCACAUAUUUGAACCGGAACGAUUCAAAUACGCACCCGACCGACACCUAACACCACCUGCGGCAUCUAUCCACCAAUUCCUCGAUUUCAAAGCACGACUUGGUCUCACAAACUCUGUGCUGACCCAUGGUCUUUCCUAUGGUGACGAUUGUACCUCGUUGAAAACCUUCGUCUCUGAAUUGGACACUUCGCGAACAUCUGCCAUCAGUGUCAUUGACCCGUCCACGGCCACCCCUGAAGAGCUUGAUUCAAUGCAAGCGGCAGGCAUACGAGGAAUACGAGUGAACUUGUAUAAGUAUGGAGCUAUGCACGAUGUUGAACUUCAGAAAUUGGCCCUUCGUGAGCAUGCAGCUGUACUGAAGAAACAGUGUCCGGGAUGGAGCAUGGCGUUUACACAUAUCCAUCCUGAGUUUUGGGGAGAAUUAACCCCAACAGUGCAAAGCAUCGCAGCUGCUGGAAUACCCAUGGUGACAGAUCACUUCGCACUUUUGAAGGGAGCAAGCAUGUUGCCAGAGAAACACAGCUCAAAUAUCGAAGACCAGCCAGGUUUUCAAGACAUUAUGUCGCUUGUACGAUCGGGAGCGUUGUAUGUCAAAAUCAGCGCGCCAUACCGGGUCAGUGAAAUGGCACCACAAUACGAGGACCUCAAGCCACUCGUCCAGGCGUUGGUCAAGGCAAAUCCCAGAAGGGUGCUGUGGGGGAGUGACUGGCCACAUACGCCAAGAAUGAAAGUCAGAAGUCACGAAGAAGCUCUCAAAGAGACACCCUUUUUAGAAGUGGACGACGAAUCUUGGCUAAGGAGCCUAAAGGGUUGGGUUUCUGAGGAUGAGUGGGAUAUGAUAAUGGUCCAGAACCCCAGGGACUUGUACACUAAAGUGUAA